AUGGGCCCUAAGGAUCAUGUUGCUUUGUUCACUACUGCUGAUGAUCUUGAGCCCACGUGUUACUCGCAGGUCGUGCGCCAUCCAGAGUGGCGUGAGGCCAUGGAUGUGGAGUUUAAUGCUUUGCUACAGAACCAUACAUGGCGUCUUGUUCCUUACACUCCGGGUAUGAAUGUUGUGGGGUGUAAGUGGGUAUUUCGGCUGAGACAGUGUAUAUGCGUCAGCCGCCUGGCUACGAGGACAAAACGAAACCGGAUCAUGUGUGCUUUCUGCAACGUUCUCUUUAUGUUGUAUUUUUUGGUGUAUGUUGAUGACAUUCUGGUCAUGGGCUCGGACUCACAGCGGGUCUCAGGAAUUGUGGCCAAGCUGGUUGCAGAGUUCAAGAUUCGGGAUAUGGGGGCUCCGUCCUUUUUUCUUGGCAUUGAGACUGUGCCGUUCUCGGAUGGUGUUCUCCUCUCUCAGAGGCGUUAUAUCCAGGACAUUCUUAAGCGGGCCGGCAUGGUGGAUUGCAAGCUGGUCUCGACCCCAGUUUCAGUUGUUCGGUCUGAUGAUGCUGACACCACUCCUUAUGCCGAUCCCACUCACUAUCGCAGCAUUGCGGGUGCCCUGCAGUACUUGACUGUGACUCGCCCUGAUUUAUCUUAUGCAGUCAAUAGGCUUUGUCAGCACAUGCAGUCUCCUACCACGGCUGAUUGGAGUCUGAUGAAGCGGGUGUUACGGUAUGUUAAGGGUACUCUUGGUCUUGGACUCAGUAUUCGCAGGUCUCUGUCUACUGCUGUUCAUGCUUUUUCUGACUCGGAUUGGGCUGGCAAUCCGGAUGAUAGGAAGUCAACCAGUGGCUUUGCGGUCUACGUGGGCACCAAUCUGGUUUCCUGGUCAUGCAGAAAGCAGCGCACGGUGGCGCGUUCGUCUACAGAAGCUGAAUACAAUGCUCUAGCUGAUGUCUCAGCUGAGGUUACGUGGCUCGUUUCACUUCUUAAAGAGAUUGGUUUUCCGCCGGCUUCUGCGCCAACUCUGUGGUGUGACAACUUGGGUGCCACCUACCUGUGCUCGAACCCGGUAUUUCAUGCCCGAACGAAGCAUGUGGAGAUUGAUUAUCAUUUCGUUCGCGACAAGGUUGCAAAGAAGGAGAUUCAGGUUCACUUUAUUUCUACAAAGGAUCAACUAGCAGAUGUUUUCACCAAGGCUCUUCCGUCUACUCGGUUUUCUUUUCUACGGGGCAAACUCAAUGUUGCAGCUGCUCCGUCUUGA